AUGCAUCCAUCGCCAAUCGGAAACCUAGAAGUCAAAUUUCACCCUCUUCUUUUCAUAUUCCUUACAGUACCUGAUCAAGGCGCCAUUUACCUGGCAAAGAAAAACAAAGAGAAUAUGUCUCCAAGGCGGCAACAGCAAUGUGCUCAGGGAUGGGUAGCUUUUGUGAUCCUUGAGAGAACACAUGCUUUUGGGGUCCUGUCCAACAUCUACCCCUUUUUAACAUAA